GCUGCAACUCGGCUCCAACCCCAUCUUCGGUACAUGCAUCGUGGACCUCGAGGAAAAGCCGGUGAAGAGUGGAGGUGAUGCGGAGAGCCUUCUGCAGGACGCGUUGAAAGCCUCGCCCAAUGCGGAGGAGGCUGUUCUCCUGCAGUUGGUGGUGAAGCAGAUCAAGCGUCCGAGCAGCACGACCACCGAUGUGUCGCUCUCGGCGAUGCAGUUGCUGUUCGUAAAGGAGCGGGGUGACUACCUGGCGGCCCUCCACGAUAAGGACGCGAAGUUGCUGCCCGUCCCACUCUUCAAGGACGCCGUGGGGGGAAACAGCUGCACGCUGGUCGUCGCCGCCGUGUCGGGGGGUGAUGCUGUUGGGGAGACGAACAUCCUCAAGAAUGUGUUGAGGCUGCGGAAGGUGAAGAAUUCCCCCUCGCGCAGUGGCAAUCUCACCCGCUUCGUGGAGUUCACAAAGGAGCAGGAGAGGAAGUGUGCGGCCACGUUGGAGUCGACAAAGGACGCCGCGGAAAAGGCACGUAAUACACGAAUUCUACAUAAGCUUAAGGUGGUGCUGGCUGACGCACAGGAAUUGAUGGCCAAGCCGGAGGGGACAAAGCCCAAGGUUUACACUUCGUCUCGAACUUCACAGGAUAAGGUCACUAAUGGAGUAAAGGAGAAGCUGGAGGAUACUAAGCCAAAUGGUGGCUCUGUGCUGCGGGAUUCAGAGAAGAAGAAGGAGGAUGAAACCAAGGAUAAGACGGACGAUUUAACGGCCAAAGUUGUUCCAUUGUCGCGGGUCGUGUGUGAGAAGGGCACUGCUCCAGCAAAAAAGAAGGCUGAAGAUGCGGCCACAGCCAAGGCUACGGACACGGCCACACCAUCUCAACCGAAGGCGUUGGAGGGGGGCGAUUCUGCUGGGAGUGACUCCGAGACAUGGCAGACCUCCGCGAGGAUUGCCGUAACCGUUGAAAAGAAGCCCACAAGCAACACCAUCGAGCUCUCAGUGAAGGGGAAGGCGAGGAGGUACGGUGUUGAUGAGCACCUUCAGUAUACUGAGGGGAAACCACUUGAAUCUAAGUUGGCCAAAAGAAUGCAAAUUGCUCUGGGGAAUGGCCAUAACACGGCGCUUCUGGCUGCGGAGGUGAUCCCUGGGCUGGCGGUAGAGAAGCAGGUCACCUGGAAUAUCGUGCAAAGCAUCCUCGAGGGCGUCUUGAAGGAGAAGAAGGAUGGUGUCACCAAUGAGUUUACACUUUACAUGAGUGUUGUGAAGGGUAAGCAGGUCGUGUGUGACUUGUUUAGCGGAUCCGGGCCGCAGCCCCUCGUUGUCGCGAUCUCUCCGCUGUAUGGCGUGGUUUUGCACGAGACGACGCCAAAGGUGGUGAAGACUGCAGCAGAGGUGGAGCCCGCUCUCCGCUCCGCUCUCACGAAGGCCUCGGGACUGGUGAAGGACGAUGAAUACAUUGUGUGCACAGCAGUCUUGAAGCAGAUCCUCGAAGGGGAUGUGAAGGUUGCCUCUCUGUUUGCGAUGAGCGCACUUGACAUGCGACCCUACGUCGGAGUGAUGGAGAAAGACCCACAGUACGUGCGUCAGUUGUUUGGCCAUGCCUUUAUUGGGUCCUGUUCUUCAGUGCUGCUCGUCAGCUACGCGGCUCUUGAUGAGAAGUCUACGGAGGCCCUUAAUGCCCAGGGCAAGAUGGUGCUAAGAAACGGCAAGUCGCGGGGUGGCAGUGUCAAAACUUUCGUCACGAAUAUGGAAGAGGCGGUAGCGGCCGCGGAGGCGAAGGUCCAGAAGGCCGCCACUCCGAAGGAAAAGGAGCCCCUCGAGGCGUCUUUAAAGCAGUUGCAGACGCGCCUCGAAAACGCCAAGGAGCUGCUGCAGAACCCAAAGACCACGCAGCCCGUCGCCUACGCGGCACCGCAAGAGGAAGGCAAUGCCGUUGAUUCUACAGUCCGCGUAGUGGCUGUUGUCACGGAGAAGCGCGAGAGUUCCGGUCCGUGGAAUGUGAAAGCCGAUGGCGACGGUUUCAUUGUGAAGGCCAAAGGUGAGGAGAAAAGGUUCCCAGUGGACGAGGUUGUGCAGCGGGCCAGCCCUGUGGCUGGCAUCCGCUCCACGACGGUUGACUCAAUGGUUGAGCAACUUCUCCGCGGUCACAACAGCGCUCUCUUGACGGCGGAUGACGAAGGAGUCACAGCCGGGACAGACAUGCUGAUGCACUGCGCCCGCAGCCUCUUUGCUAAGCUGGAGGAGGAUGCGGAGGUGUUUGUCGUGCUUUCAGCGAUGAAGCCUGACUGCAGCGCCGCGAAGGACCUGCAGAAGGAUGGGGCCGAAUACGAACCGGUUUCCUAUGCAUCCUCGCCCCUCUUCGGGCCUUGUAUCACGGGCGCAAAGAUGGAACCGGUAACUACUGCGAAGGACCUCUUGGCGAAGCUGAAGAAUGGUGCCAGCGUCUGCGAGGCCGACAAGGCAGUGCUCGUCAGUCUCCUUAUCCACAAGGCACGAAGGCCGGAGGACGUGGUUUUGUCGUCGUUUCUCACCGUCCUCGCUGGGACCAACGUUAAGCUGUACAGCAAGGCACUGGAAGUGCGUCCAAAAGAGCGCGGGAUACUCCAGUAUGCGUUCGGCGGCCCAUGCGUGACCGUCGUCUUUCUUGGCCUGUUGGCGGAAGCGUCUGCUGCGGAAGCGGCCGUGGAUUUUGGUGAACUUGCGAAGAGCGUGCAUGGGACCUCAAACUCCACUGUGCGUGACGGCGGACUGCGUCGCUUUGUGAUGUUUUCAACGAAGGCCCAGGCGCAGAUGCAGUUGCGUCUGAGGAAUGCGUCGGGGACUGAGAAGGAGCGGCUCGCCACCACUAACGCGAACGUGGAGUUGGUGCUCAAGGAUGCGGAGGAGAUGCUGCGUGACCCAAAGGGUCGGCCACCCAAAGUAUACAAGCAACUACACUGA